GAAGAAUCAGGUGAGUUUGUCUGGGGCUACAACAAAAAUGUGUGCUGUUGUGUACUGGAGUUGGGCUGUUGUGUACUGGAGGACUUGAGUUGGGGAAACACUGCUCUAGCACAUGCCUACAUCAAUCCAAUGCUUUUAAAAUGAACGAGUGCACACUGGGAAGAAGGGGAGAUUAUUUGGACACACCCUGAGAGUGACUGGGGAAAAGCAGCAGCAGCCUAUUAAACCCCACGUUCUUAUGUGAUUCUGUACACACCAGGGUUGGUAACAAAUUUGUCUGGGAAAGGGCCUUAUGUUGUGUCUGGUAACAGGAGGACAGGUCAAGAUGACACUAUAUUAACCAUACAAAGGAUGGGGAUGGUGGGGCACAUUUUAAUUUAGGCCUAGAUGUGGGCAGAGCAAAGAAAGGUAAAAAGGAAAUCAGUCUUUAGAGCAUCCUGUUUGUGGGCAGCUAGGGUUUUCUUCUCUCCCCUCUCUCUCAAUUUGAUGUUAAAGGACCAGUGCAGUCAAUUCUGUUUUCCUGUGUUUUAUAUCCUAUUGUACAGUAGACGAUGAAACGAACACUGUAAAAGUGUGAUCAGUGUUAUUUCUUGAUAGUUGCUGGUUGAAAAUUCAAUCUACACAGGAGCUUUUAAUGAGCAGGUUUGCAUGGACGGGAGUUUCUGCUUUCCAUUGUGACAUCACCAUGUGGUAAAUUGGUUAAUUGAACAAUAACAAAGAGAGUUCUAAACCCCUCUGCCAAUAAAAGCAAUUUUUGCCACUUUUUCAUGGAAAUCUAUUACAGUAAUGUACUUAAUUGUUAUCCAGAAGUGAUUUGAUAUUUAUAUAAAAAUGGCUGCAUUGGGCCUUUAAGUAGCUACCUUUAGCACGUUUGAGUACCAUAAAACAGUCUUAUGUGUUUGGUUAUACUGUAGCGGCAUGAGUCAUGAUGUCAACAGUCCUCCUAUACUGUAUGAGUCAUGUCAAGCUGAACAGGAUCAUCUUUUUUCUACACGAGAACUGUAUGAUGACCUACUACAGUAACUAAUUUUUAUGAAAAUACAGACAGUGAUGUAGGCAAAUUGUUAGUGAGUUUUUAGAAUGGCAUAUCUAUAUCUCUGUGCACCUGAUGAGGUUAGAAUGUUUUCUUAUGCUUGUUAGACAGCCUCUAGUUUCCCAGGACUUGAGCCUGAACCCAGGACUCACUGGAAAACAGUGAACAACAGUGGGACUCUGGCCACCUUCUCUCUUCCUCCACGGAUGACCUACCCAGUCCAGAUCCCUGCAGGGGUCACAGCGCAGACAGCCUCUGGCCAGCUUUACAAGGUCAACUUUACAGUGAUGGUGUCCCAGGCUCCAGCUGGCCACAGCCCUCUCCCCUCAGCUCCAGAAGGGGGUCCUGUAGUGGAGCGGAAAGAUCCUCGCUCAGAUUCCCAGCAGUCAGCUGUGUUGGUCCCUUCUACUGUCCUCAAGACCAUGACCCCUCCGAAGACAGAACCGUUCUCCCCACGGCCUGUGGCCCCUCCCACAGCUGUACCUCAGACACCAGAGCAGAAGACCCUGAUACGUCCAGUCCAUGUGAUGCCUCCGGUCCAGCCACCUGAUGAGAAGCCCGUGCUACCCAAACCCGUGGUCCAGCCCCCAGUUCAGGAGAACCAUCUCCUUCAGCAGCCACAGGUUCCUUUAGCUCAGCUGGAGAUGACCCUGUUGAAAGACUACAACUUCAACGAUGCUCUGGCAGACAUCAUCCACCUGAACAGCAGUUCUGAUUUGGAGGAGGAGAUGGAAGGAGGUGCAAUGGAAGAGAAUGAGUUUCUAGGUAUGAUCACUGCGGAGGUUCUGCAGGCCCUACAGGAGGCAGAGGGCAGCAGUGAUGAUGGCAACUCCAGCUCCAGUGGUGAUGGUGUCUGGAUGGAUGAAAUCCCAGUGGAAGAGGUAAGAAAUGGGUAUUGA